GAUGGAAUUCUCAUAUUCUAGUUCUAAUAGCGGUUUUGGAUUGUUGUCCUUGGAGUCAUGUUCAGACCUUGAGAAUAUUUGCAUAUCCAAGCCAUUCAAAACUUAAUCUAGGUCGAUCAUCCCCAAUUCAAUCGUGCGGCCUCAUCCAUCUCUCCUCCCCUUUGCCUCUUUGACGUCACCUCAGCCUCACCGCCUCAACCUCGCAUCAUCACCACCACUCACCGUCGACUUGGCGCCGUCGCAUCAUCGGCGGCACCUCUUCUUCGUAGCCUGACUUGCACGCACCUCCCUCUCAUCUUUCAGUUUCUCUAUCUCUCAUCUCUACGUCUCUCAUCUCUGAGUUUGUCAUCACUCAUUCUGCUCUCUCAUCUUAUUUUUCAGACAAGGUUUCUCUUUGCAAAGACAUUUUAUCUAGCAAAUUGGAGAGUUUUGAACUGGUGUUUGUGUUGAAAAUCAAGGGCCUUAAAAAUGUCAAAUAUGGAAGCUAGUCCUACACCUACAACAAAUGAUACACCACAAGUAGUUGGGGAUGGAGCAGCUACACUCCCUUCACGUCCUUCCACUUUCGGGAAAGAUCAAGCCUAUUAGGAAAGCAUCGGAGAAGAAGCACAAUGCUCUGCAAAACUACUCAUCAAAGUCAACAGAAGAAGAAGCACAAGGCCGACAUGGAUGGCAGCAGCAGCAGAGUCGACUGGACCAACCAUCCACCCCAACUCUACCCACUCAUCGCCGACCACCUCAAAACCCACAUCGAAGUCCUCCGAUUCCGCAGCGUCUGCAGCUCCUGGCGUUCUUCCAUUCCUCCGUUCCUCGCUACCAUAUCUCCCAAUUUCCCUUUCCCCCACGGGCCCACUGGCUUCCUCUCACAAAUCACCGUCUACCUCACCCGACCCGAUCAGAAUCCGAAUCCUUCCUCGUCGUCCUCGUCGUCCUCGUCGCCUUCAUCCAAGGGCUGGUUGCUGAAGCUCGAAGAGUGCGCGGACAAGAUUCGCCUUCUGAAUCCGAUAACCAACUGGCGGGUCAGCUCUGUCAAGGACAACGUUGCAAGAAAUCCAACGGAUUUGAACCUGGUGGACCUUAACAUGGUGGAGCUGGGCAAAGCAUAUGCGCUGAGAUACGCAAAGGGUUCUGGUUCUAUUUUUGGUAUAAACAAGGUGAUUGUAGCCACUAACUUUAUAGACCGCUCUAUUUUCAUGAUUUACGAUGAAGGAAAAUUGGGUUUUGCCCAAAUUGGAAAUGAGAAGCUCAGACUCAUCAAUGACCAAAUUUCUGAUUACGAUGAUUUGAUUGUGUACAAGGGUCAGCCUUUUGUUAUUAACAAAUGGGGUCAAAUUUUUAGGAUCAAUUCGUCUCUGGAGUUGGUUCCUUUUUCUCCUCCGAUUGGUUUUGGUUGCAGAAAGAAUUUAAUUGAAUGUUGCGGAGAGCUUUAUGUGGUGGAUAGGUACCUUGAUCAGCAAGAUAAAAAAUCACAAGUACCUCUUCAUAAUGCUAGUUAUAAUUUUUUCCUUCGCCAUCCUCCUCUUCGUCGUCGUCGAAGAAUCUGCGACGCUGAUCGGCCCAAGGCAGUUGAUUUCAAGGUCUAUAAGUUGGGUGAUGAAGAGUUGGGGGGCAGAUGGGUUGAAGUGAAGAGCUUGGGGGAUCAAGCUUUCUUCUUGAGUGUUGAUUGCUGUUUCUCUGUUUUGGCUACAGAGUUGGAGGGUUGCAAAGGGAAUUGCAUUUACUUCACAGAUUCAAAUGACAUUGGUUUCGCGUUGAAAGAGUUGCUCAGAUCAGAUGGGUCUGUUUUCAGCUUGGAAGAUCGUAGCAUUAAUUGGCUUAGUUCUUCCCCUGUUUAUUCUCAGAUGUUUUGGCCACUCCCAGCUUAAUUAUCCUUUGGAUUAAUGGAACUUGCUUCCUGCUUACAGGGGAAAGAGGCUGGAGGUUCCAAUUUCUCAUGAAGAAUGAUUUGUAAAAUUAUCUACAGUGUAAUCUAAUGUUGUAAUGGAUUUGUAAAUUAUACAUUUAUGUAAUACCAGGCAUUCUCUCUUGAACUUGUAUCUUUGUAUGUUACUAUUUAAUGUUAUGUUGGUUUUCUAGGAUUUUGAAAGGAA